AUGUCUAGGUUGUCUGAUAUUGUUGGCUUGGAUGAAUUUAUAGGUCAAAAUCCUAUUAUUAGCUUUGCUGAAUUUCUUUCUUCCAUGGAUGAUGGAUUGUUUAUUGUUGUUGCUUGCUAUUUUAGCGUUGAUGAGGGUGUCGAUAAAUGGAUUGAUCUCCAUUCAUCCACACCGGAGCCUAGGUUUAGGCUUAGUUUGAAUGUUGGUGAUUUUGAUAAUGAGGCAUCCUUCAUUAUGCGUGAUGAUGUUGUUAGGCAGCUUGCACCUUCCACCUACAAGUUAUUGGUUGAUACGCCCGAAGCUUCUUCUCUGUAUCCAGUUGAGCUUGAUUUGUUAUUUGCUGAACCUAUGAUUUUUGAGGUUUUGAAAAAACCAAAUGGAUCUCCUUCUGGUCCUGUUAGCUAUGACGUCCUUCGUUUGUUUACCCAUGACCGCUUGCUGGAUGUGUUCUAUGGUCCCAAAAACUAUAGCCCUGUUUUUAUUAUUCAGUACAAGCAUUUUUGUUGCGUUGAUUGCAAUGUGAUGAUGGAACUUCGCGAGCGCUCACGUAGGGACUCUUCUACUUUGUCCCAUGAUGUUUCAAUGUGUUGUAUGAAGGGAAAGAUAACUUUGCCUUAUAUGAUUGAACCUCCUCCCUUGCUCCGUCAACUUUUCAAUGGUCUUCAUCCUAGGAGUGGACACUUUUUGGCAAAUAUUCGAUCGUAUAACAAUUUGUUCUCUUUUACCUCGAUGGGUGGAAAGAUCGAAACCGAAAUUAACCGUGGUCAGGGUCCUCCUCACUUCGUUAUUUCCGGGCAGAAUUAUCAUCGCAUUGGUUGUUUGCUCCCCGCUGAUGGAGAGAGGCCAAAGUUUUGUCAGCUUUAUAUUUAUGACACUGAAAAUGAGCUUGCUAAUCGGAUGGCGCAUUUCAGUGGUCGUUCUGAUGAAAGCAAUCUCGAUUCCUCUCUGAUUGAAGAAUUGCUAUCUUUGAUGGAUGAGCAUAAUAAGUUGGUUAAGAGUUUUAGGAUGGUCCGUGACUUUUGUGUGCAGAAUGAUAACGUUCCUGUUCGUUUGAGGUUGUUUAGGAAUAGAAAUUUUGAUGCUAGAACCUACAACGUACCUGAUGUUGAUGAAAUCGCUGCAUUGAUAGUUGGGGACUUUGAAGAUUCUGAAGAUGGCAGGGAUAUUGUUGUGAAGGAGAAAGGUGGUUUUCUCCAACGUAUUCAUGAAACUCACAGCAAGUACAUUCCUCUUCAGUAUCCAUUGCUCUUCCCGUUUGGCGAGGAUCAGUACCAAGAACAUAUUGAACGCAACGAGUUGACCUCUACUGGAUCUGUUAAGAAAAGAAUUCGUAUCAGUGUUCGUGAGUUUGUUGCCUAUCGUUUACAGGAGAGGACUAUUGAAGACUCUGUUUUAUUUUCCGGCAAGCGGCUUUUCCAGCAAUUUAUUGUUGAUAUGUAUUCUAUGAUUGAGUCGCAACGACUGUCUUGGGUUAGGCAAAACCAAAGUAAGAUACGAUCAGGUUUCCUGAAGGGUCUUGAGGAGGCGGUUGGUCGCGGUGAUAUUGAUGCAUCUUCAAUUGGCUCUAGGGUUGUUCUUCCUGCGUCAUUCACCGGUGGUCGCAGAUAUAUGUUCAACAACUAUCAGGACGCACAGGCUCUGUGCAAGAGAUAUGGAUACCCAGAUCUGUUCCUGACCAUCACCUGCAAUCCAAAAUGGGAAGAGAUACAACGCCAUUUAUCAAGAUCUGGCAACUACGCAUCUUAUAGACCUGAUAUAUGUUGUAGGGUGUUUCACCUUAAGCUGCAGGAGAUGAUGGCUGAUUUUCGAAAGGGCCAGUAUUUUGGAAAGGUUAUGAUUAUUAUAUAUGGUUUUUGUAAUGUGGAUCUUUCUUCUUUGUUAGGCGUAUACACAAUUGAAUUCCAAAAACGCGGGUUGCCUCAUGCACAUAUUCUUUUAUGGCUCGACAAAAAGGACAAGCUUGAUUCCAUUUCCUCCAUUGAUUCCGUCAUCAGUGCUAAGUUACCUGAUCAUAGAUUGUAUCCGAAGUUAUAUGCUGCUGUCACUGGCUUCAUGGUCCAUGGCCCCUGUGGUUUUGCGAGACCUUACUCGCCGUGCAUGAAGGAUCGUCGCUGUUCUAAAUUUUACCCAAAAAAGUUCGUUUCAAGGACCUCCUUUGAUGAGAGUGGCUAUCCUAUUUAUAGGCGUCGUGAUCUUGGUAUUGUUGUAAUGAAGAAGGAUGUUCAACUGGAUAAUCGCAGUGUUGUUCCGUACAAUCCUACCUUGAUUAUGAAGUACCAGGCACAUGUGAACAUUGAAUUAUGUAAUAGAUCAAAUUGCAUAAAAUAUCUGUUCAAGUAUAUCACCAAGGGUGUUGAUCGUGUCACUGCUUCUGUCGAGACUGGUGGUCAAGGUGAUGUAGAUGAAAUCCAGCAAUACUACGAUUGUAGGUAUUUAUCCCCGUGUGAGUCCAUAUGGAGGAUUUUUGCCUUUGAGAUUCAUAGUAGAUGGCCACCUGUUCAGAGGCUUACCUUCCAUCUUCAUGAUGGCCAGAGGGUCAUCUUUGAUGAUGAAGCCGAUCUUGAGGAUGUAUUGGCUUUCAACAAAGAAAGGAAUACAAUGUUUCUUGCCUGGAUGGAUGCCAAUAAGGAAUUUCCAUCCGGUCGUUCUCUUACAUAUACGCAAUAUCCUGGGAUGUUCGUUUUUGAUGAUCGAAAACGUUCAUGGCAUCCACGUCGGAGAGGUGUUUCUGUUGGACGUCUGACCUUCGUUCCUCCAAGUAAUCGUGAGUUAUACUAUUUAAGGUUACUCCUCAAUCGUCAGACAGGCUGCACUUCCUUUGAAGAUAUUCGUACUGUUGAAGGAAUUGUAUAUGAUACCUGCAGAGAGGCAUGUGCUGCCCUUGGAUUGCUUGCUGAUGACCGACAGUUUAUUGAUGCAAUCAACGAGGUUGCACUUGAUUCAUCCGGUCACUUUGUUCGGAAGAUAUUUGCAAAUUUGCUUCUAUCUUCGUCCUUAGGUGAUCCAUUUGCUGCUUGGCAACUUACCUGGGAAGCUUUGGCUGAUGGAAUUCUCUAUGAUAGGCGUCGAUUCUUAAAUUCACCAGAUUUGAUUAUUUCGGAUGAGGAUUUGAAGCAGCUUUGUUUGGUUGAAAUAGACAAGCUUCUUAGGCUAAAUGGGAAGACCCUCGAUGAUUUUGAAUCCAUGCCUAAGUUAUUGUCCACUGUUGUUUAUGCCUUUGAUAAUGUUUUGCUGGCCAACGAAUUGGGUUAUGAUCAAGAUGAAAUGUCAAUGAGACAUGCUGAAUUUUUUUCCAGACUCAAUGAUGGUCAGCUCUCUGCUUAUAAUCAGAUUGUUGAUUCUGUUGAUAAUGGACUGGGUCGAAUGUUUUUUGUUUAUGGUUAUGGAGGAACAGGGAAGACUUAUCUUUGGAAUGCCCUUUCUUUUCGAUUUCGCUCUGAGGGGAAGAUUGUAAUCAAUGUUGCAUCAAGUGGAAUUGCUUCUCUUUUGUUGCCAGGUGGUAAGACUGCACAUUCACAGUUUGCAAUACCCUUGGUUGUGCUCGAGGACUCGUGUUGUCUAAUCGAGAAGGAUGGCAAGAAGGCUCAGCUGUUAACCAUGGCUAGCCUAAUUAUAUGGGAUGAGGCUCCCAUGAUUAAUCGGUUGGCAUUCGAGGCAUUUGAUAGAACUUUGCGUGAUGUCAUGAAUAAUAUUGUUGAUGGUGCCUUGGAUAUCCCUUUCGGUGGGAAGACUAUUGUAUUCGGUGGGGAUUUUCGUCAAAUACUUCCUGUCGUUCCUAAGGGGAACCGUGCUGAUGUUGUUCAUGCCACCAUCAAUUCAUCGCCUUUGUGGUCCCACUGCACUGUCCUGAGGCUUACGCAAAACAUGAGACUUCAAUCAUCAGCUGAUGCGGAACAAACCGAUAUGUUGAGGCAGUUUGCAGAUUGGAUUUUAUCCAUUGGUGAUGGGAAGAUUGGUGAAGCGCGUGACGGUGAAUUCGUGGUUGAUAUUCCUCAUGAUCUUUUGCUUGAAAAUUCUGGCGAUCCGAUCAAUGAUAUUGUUCGUUCAACGUACCCUAAUUUGGUGAAUAAUUUGUCUCAUGAAAACUUUUUCCAUGAUCGUGCAAUUCUUGUGCCCACUCUUGAGUUGGUCGAGAAGGUUAACGACUACAUCAUGGUCAUGCUUCCUGGAGAUGAGAAGGAAUAUUUGAGCUGUGAUUCUGUUUGUAAGUGUGAUGAUGACAUAGGGGUUGAUCACCGUUGGAUCACUACGGAGUUCUUGAACGAUAUCAAAUGCUCUGGUAUGCCAAAUCAUAGAUUGAUCUUGAAGGUUGGUGUUCCUGUUAUGUUGCUUCGCAACGUUGAUCAAUCGGCUGGUCUGUGCAAUGGUACCCGUUUAACUGUCAUUUCAUUGGGCAAAAAUGUCAUAUGUGCGCGUAUUAUUGGUGGUUUGCAUGAUGGCGAAGUUGCCUACAUACCUCGGAUGAAUCUCAUACCAUCUGGUGCCAAUGUGUCUAUUACAUUUGAACGUCGACAAUUUCCUUUGGUGGUUUCUUUUGCAAUGACUAUAAAUAAGAGUCAGGGUCAGACUUUGUCCCAUGUUGGUCUCUAUCUCCCGCGACCUGUUUUUACUCAUGGCCAGUUAUAUGUGGCUGUCUCUAGGGUUACAAGCAGGGGUGGAUUGAAGAUUUUGAUCACGGACGAAAACGGUCAGGGGUCAUCAUCAACUGUCAAUGUUGUCUAUGAGGAGCUGUACUUGGUCGCUUUCAAUUUUGGUUUUGUCUAUUUGUAUUCACUUUCUAUAAGCCGUGUGGUUCCUUUGUCUUCUACUUUUCCGCUUUUGUCGCCGACUGUUCCUUUUGUCUCCAUGGCUGCACCUCCCAACAAUGUGGACCUUCCUGAGGGUGGUAACGACGCUGAGAGGACCUUCGAGACUGUUGUUGUUCCUGAUGUUGUGGGUGGCUAA